UUGGAGAAAGAGAGUAAAAAAAAAAAAAAAAAAGAGGAAAGUUGGGAGACAAAAUGGAAAGAGAAAAUGGGGAGAACAAUAAUUCUUGCUAACCAAACACAUCAUCAUCUAAGGAACAACAACCAGAGCUUGGUUUCCUCAAAUCCAUCAUCCCCUUUUACUGUCUUCCCUUAAUUUUGGGUUGUUUUCAGAUUUGAAAAUCACUCGCCCAAACUCUCAAAAAUUCAAUCUUUUUUCCCUACUAUCCAGCUUUAUUUUCUUGUUCACCACCAAAAACCAACUUAAUGUGAUUCUUGGUGAGGAAUUUCAUCUGGGUUUUUUCUUUCCUUCUAAAAUCAUGCCCAGAUCUCAACAUUAUUUGAUCUUGAUGUAUCACUAUUAGUUGUUUGAAUCUCAGAUAAAUGAAAGAAUGAAGGCGUAACUGUGGAUUGUAUGAAGCUUUUAUGUUGGUUUAGGGUGGUGAAGAUAAGAAUUUUGUGAGUUGCAUGAUCCCCGUGGGUCACUUCAAUUGGUUAAGUAAUUGGAUUUCUGCAGCUUUUAGACCUUUUUGAUUGACAAUGUGUCUUAAGUUUUGAGUGUUUUGAUCAGCAAGCAUUUUGGUCAACUUGAAGGAAGGUAUAGUUUCAAGUGAUGAUCAAACAGAUACUCAAUAGGCUCCCACGGAAGCCGUCCAAGUCAGGAGACAAUCGUGAUGGAGGAACUUCUGCAUUUCAGUCAAAUGCUUCAAAUAGUUCAAGAAGCAGUGACUUGUCUAAUUCCCUACCAGGGAGUUUGAGUGCUUUAUCUCUUUCAGGCGUCACUGGUUCUUCAGCUCCAGGACUGAAUCAUGGAGAUAGACUUCCACAGGGUAUAAAUGCUAAGGUGAAUGGACAUGCAGCUGUUUUCUCGUAUGAGGCAUUGCCUAAUUUGAGGGAUGUACCAGCUUCUGAGAAGCAAAACUUGUUCAUCAAAAAGCUGAACUUGUGUUGUGUCUUGUUUGACUUUUCUGACCCAACUAAAAACACGAAAGAAAAAGAGAUCAAGCGUCAGACAUUGGUGGAGCUAGUUGAUUAUGUUACUUCUGCAAAUGGGAAAUUUACAGAAAUAGUCAUGCAAGAAGUAAUUAAGACGGUAUCCACAAAUUUAUUCAGACCUCCUACUCCCCAGCCUCGUGAAAACAAAGUUUUGGAAGGUUUUGACUUGGAAGAUGACGAACCGAUGAUGGACCCUGCAUGGCCUCAUUUACAAAUUGUGUAUGAGUUCCUUCUCAGGUUUGUGGCAUCACCGGAGACUGAUGCAAAAUUGGCUAAGAGAUACGUUGAUCACUCAUUUGUUCUAAGGUUACUAGAUCUUUUCGAUUCAGAAGAUCCAAGAGAAAGAGAGUACCUGAAGACUGUACUUCACCGUAUAUAUGGAAAGUUCAUGGUGCACCGCCCAUUCAUUAGGAAAUCAAUCAACAAUAUAUUUUAUCGGUUUAUUUUUGAAACUGAGAAACAUAAUGGAAUAGCAGAACUCUUAGAAAUUUUGGGCAGUAUAAUCAAUGGAUUUGCUCUACCACUAAAGGAAGAGCACAAGUUGUUCCUUGUUCGAGCUCUUAUUCCACUUCAUAAACCAAAAUGCGUACAAAUGUAUCAUCAGCAGUUAUCUUACUGCAUAACACAAUUUGUGGAAAAGGACUGCAAGCUUGCUGAUACUGUCAUAAGAGGUUUGUUGAAAUAUUGGCCUAUCACAAACAGUUCAAAGGAGGUAAUGUUCAUAGGUGAGCUGGAAGAGGUCUUAGAAGCAACUCAGCCUCCAGAGUUCCAGCGCUGUAUGGUUCCCUUGUUUCGUCGGAUCAAUCGUUGCUUGAGCAGCUCACACUUUCAGGUGGCUGAGCGGGCUUUGUUCCUGUGGAACAAUGAUCAUGUUGAGAACCUAAUCAAACAAAAUCGUAAAGUCAUAUUACCAAUAAUCUUUCCUGCCUUGGAAAAGAAUGCGAGAGGCCACUGGAAUCAGGCAGUACAAAGCUUGACAUUGAAUGUCCGCAAAAUCUUCUCUGAUGUUGAUCCUGAACUCUUUGAAGAAUGUUUGCGCAAAUUUGAAGAAGAUCAGGCUCAUGAAGAAGAGAACAAGACAAAACGUGAAAUGACUUGGAAACGGUUAGAGGAGAUUGCAGCAAUGAAAGCUGCUAGCAAUGAGCCAGUGCUAGUUUCUCAUAGGAUAACUCCCAAUUCAUCCACAGGCUAGAGACUGGUAUAUGUCUCAAUGUUACUUCAACCUUGAUGAGCUGACCUCUAUGCUAAUCGAGGAUGGGAAUUGUCUCAAAGGAGGUGGAUGAGUCACGUCUCCUUGUUUGUUCAUACCAUGAUACUUUCCUUAAAGUUGGUUUCCCAGGUCUCUCAGUGAACAGAUGGAUACUGGCUCUAUUUGGGUUCCGAUGCAACGACUGUACAUAUGGAAUUGCGUGACAGCGCUUCAAGGUUUUAUAUUCUGCAAGUGCAGAAGUAGCUGGAGUUAAUUUGGUAUUCUUUUUGUUGGAUUUACAAGUGAUGAGAUUGAAAGAACAUCAUUCUUCAGGUAGCUUUAAGAUUAUUUUUUUUGCAUCUAGUUUUCCUUCUAGUCUGUAUUAUCACAUAUAUGUUUGGCACGAAAUGUUUCUGUAGAUAAUCUUCUGGAUAAAGGCACACAAUGUCGAAUGACCUUACUCUUUGAAUUU